GAGAGACUAGCCCCGCCGGCGGCCCAUUGAGGAAAGAUGGCCACAGUCAGUGCAAACGGAGUGCAGCAGGAGAAUGGAUUCAGCACCACGGACAGCGGCGGCAGGAUGAACGGGCUCAGCCUCGGCCAGAACACCAUCCCCAUGAAGGACCACGACGCCAUCAAGCUUUUCAUCGGCCAGAUCCCCCGCAACCUGGAGGAGAAGGACCUGAAACCACUCUUUGAGGAAUUUGGCAAGAUAUACGAACUCACGGUACUGAAAGACAGGUUUACCGGGAUGCAUAAAGGAUGUGCCUUUCUAACAUACUGUGCCAGAGAGUCAGCACUGAAAGCCCAGAGCGCCCUCCAUGAACAGAAGACUCUGCCAGGGAUGAAUCGGCCCAUCCAGGUGAAGCCAGCAGACAGCGAAGGACGGGGAGAAGACAGGAAGCUGUUUGUGGGGAUGCUGGGCAAGCAGCAGAGCGAGGACGACGUCCGGCGGCUCUUCGAGACCUUCGGCCAGAUCGAGGAGUGCACCGUCCUGCGGGGUCCUGACGGGGCCAGUAAGGGCUGUGCUUUCGUCAAAUUCUCCAGCCACGCAGAAGCCCAGGCUGCUAUCAACAGCUUGCACGGCGGACAGACUAUGCCUGGCGCCUCGUCCAGCCUGGUGGUCAAAUUCGCAGACACAGACAAGGAGAGGACUCUGCGCAGGAUGCACCAGAUGGCGGGUCAGCUCGGCAUCUUUAGUCCCAUGACCAUCCAGUUUGGGGCCUACGGCGCCUACUCUCACGCUGUAAGUCUCAGCCCGGCGGGGGAGGAGACGCAGAUGAUGCAACAGCAAGCAGCCCUGAUGGCGGCAACGCAAGGGUCCUACCUGAACCCCAUGGCGGCCAUCGCCGCCGCGCAAAUGCAGCAAAUGGCAGCUUUCAAUGUCAAUGGCCUGGUGGCCACGCCCAUGACACCAUCCUCAGGCACCAGCACGCCCCCAGGCAUCUCUGCAACAGCUGUCCCCAGCAUAGGCGCCCCCAUCGGAGUAAACGGAUUCAGCGCCCUGGCGCCCCAAAGCAACGGGCAACCCACGUCGGAGCCCAUCUACACCAACGGCAUUCACCCGUACCCAGCACAGAGUCCGACGGUGGCCGACCCUCUUCAGCAGGCUUACGCCGGCGUCCAACACUACGCAGCAGCCUACCCUGCCGCCUAUGCGCCAAUCAGCCAAGCGUUCCCACAGCAACCGACCAUCAUCCCCCAGCAACAGAGGGAAGGUCCAGAGGGUUGCAACCUGUUUAUUUACCACCUGCCCCAGGAAUUCGGUGACGCCGAGCUCAUGCAAAUGUUCCUCCCUUUCGGCAACGUCAUCUCCGCGAAGGUCUUCGUGGACAGAGCAACUAAUCAGAGCAAAUGUUUCGGCUUUGUGAGUUUUGAUAACCCAUCCAGCGCCCAAGCAGCCAUCCAGGCCAUGAACGGCUUUCAAAUAGGCAUGAAGAGGCUGAAGGUGCAGCUAAAGCGGCCAAAGGACGCCAACCGACCUUACUGACUGGUCUGCAGUCUGGAUGAAGGAUGAAGGGCCACAACACCUUAUUUCCACAAGUGCAGUCGAAAGUACAAAGACUCCUUGCUCUGCUACAUAUCACGAAGGAAUGGUGGUCUCUUGAUCCCGCUGGAAUCCCACUAAAAGAUUGGGCGACGGAGAAGAGUUUUCCCUUUUUUCUUUCCCGCUUCCUUGUUGUUUUUUUUGUUUUUUUUUUGCUAACACCUUUUUUAUUAUUCUGUUUUGUUUUGCAAAAUUUCUGCAGAGACCAACUUUUUUGCUGCUCUUUUUUAGACAUGAUGGGUUGGGGAAAAGGAAGAAAAAAAUAACUUUUUAGACUCAUUAUGCUCAAAGCAUGCAUAAGUCAACACACAAGCAUACACAAAGACAAUGAAGUUAAAAAAAAAAAAAAAAAACUUUGUAUAUGUAUAAAUAAGUGCAAAUGCCAAUUCAAGUACUGAAGCAAACAAACACACACGUAUAUAAACAAACACACACACACACACGCACACACACACACACCAGCCUGCUGCCAUUUUGGUUUUUGUGCCUACACAGAUGUGUACUGUGUGACAGGGCCGUGCUCUGGACGGAUGAAGACAACAACAAAGAAGAAGAAUCCAGGAUAAUUUACAUGCAUCAUUCCUUAGGAAAUAGGGACCAAAGGACUAAAACGCUUUUUAAAAUAAUAUAAAUAUAUAAAUAUAUAUUUAAAAAAUAAAAAAAUCAUACCUUGUAGCUUCAAGUAUUACUCAUAGUUAAAAAAAAAAAAAAAACAUUAAAUCAAUAUCCAGUGGCCUACUGUAAGUACGAAUAAAAAGAAAAUGGACUUCAUGUAUCAAAAAAAUAAUAAUAAUGGUAGUUUAGGGACUGAUAUUUUUUGCUCUGGAUGCUGAUUGGGCACCAGGUUGUAUUAUAGGUUAGAAGUAGAUUAGGAAAAAUAUGUAGAUUUGCUAACUUUUAAUGUUGUUUGAGAAAAAAAAAAUACUUGAAGUUACAACGAAAAGGAACAAAAGGAACAAUGGACAUGACAUGGUCACUGGAUACUGCGCUCAUUAGAACGUCCAAGGCAACGGGAGAAAGACUGUUCCGGAACGGGAACCCCACUUAAAAAAACAAGACAACUCAUGCCUGCGCUGGACACGGUGCAGACGAUGAAGACUUCUCCUUCGCCAUUGUGAUGUCCAAGCGACAAUCCACUUUAAAAGACCAGGCAACCCCGAUUGGUGUCUUUUGGACUUUUGUUUAGUGACGUUUGUUUCAAAUCGCAACUUAUGAAGCCGCCAAUUGUUGAAAGCAAACUGUUUCUAUGAAGGGAAAUGAACACACGUUUAUUAUUGAACAGGAAAGCUACCGAAACUGCCAGAAGAAUGAACCUCAAAUAAUCAAAGCCGUGUUUCCCUUAGCGUUGGCUGCGCAUUUUAUCGCGUUUCCAUUGUUCAACAAGGAUGACCAAAAUAUCCAAACGAAUGGUCCAAACGAAUACCAGCUUGCAAUGUUUCAAUGAAUUACUUUUAAAUCCUGAAUAAUACCAUGAAUUGAUUAACGUGGACCCCGACUUAAACAAGUUGAAAAACGUAUUCGGGUGUUACCAUUUAGUGGUCAAUUGUACGGAAUAUGUACUGUACUGUGCAAUCAACUAAUAAAAGUAUCAAUCAAUCAAUCAAACACGAUACAGUGCAAGAUAAAGAAAUAUGAAUUACAAAAAAAAUCAUAACAUGUUUCCCAUCUCGUCAUUUCUAUAAUAGCACAUAAGAUGACAAAGAAAGACAAUUCUCCAACGGCCAAUAAAUAACCCCCAUUUUUAUCGGCCACUACUGUGUGUAAAAAGCACAAACAGAGGUAGUAUCAGAGCCAUAUCUAAGACGGAAGGGUGCCCGUGUAACUUCGACAGUUAAUGUGUUUUUUAGGAGAGGCAUGGCGAUUUUGUUUGUGAUAACCGUUCACAAUUGACUAGGACUGGUUACCGACCGAAUAGCUUUGAUACCAGGGUGGCACGUGACGUCAUGUCCGAUUGCAGACUUGGCACAUUCAGAACAGAUGUAGUCAUAGUGGACCGCUUGUAGGAAAAUGUUGCAAUUUUUCUAUGCCAACAAAGCAAGCAUGGCUGACAGAAAGUGGUCAAAGGUAAGGCCCCACUUUCCGAGCAAGCUCAAAGUUAAUUUACAUUGGGUAUGUCUAAAUACAUGCUACUAGCAUUAGCAAUUUUACAUGGCAAUUUAAACACCUCUGAAAAUUUGCAAUUAAAACUACAGCAAAGAUGCACGUUACAAUAAAAAAGCUGAUUCAUAAAGUAAUUACCAAUUAUUAGCACGUUAAUACACACAAAAGUACAUAAAAUGUGUAUUUUUGAGUGACGAUACCAAGGUCCCGGGCAUUUGUGCAAGAAAGUUAUCCCUACAGUUGACCCCUAAAUAUUCUGCCUUUGGUGGUAGUAUCUGAGCUAUAGUAAAAAGCUGCAAGUAUGUCUUUGUAAAUGUAAAUACAUGUGAAUGCCAGAUGGGAAGCAGUGAAAUUUGAUACCGUUUUUGCUACUGUGUUGAAAAGCUGUCCAACAAAUAUUGAGUGUCAGACCUGAGAGUUGAACCGUUGUCCAUUUUGGAAUGCUGGUUAAAACAUCAGCUUUUUUGCCUCUCGUCUUUUUUUGGGACCUCUACCAGAUACUGCGACCAAUAUGGGUCACAUAAAAGUUGGAUAUUUCAGUCCCCUUUACAACAAUGGAAAUACGAUAAAAUGCAAACUCACAAAUGGUAAACAAGACCUAAAAAGUUGUAUAAUUGUGUCAAAAGUCCCCUUAAUUGGUGUUCUUUAUGUGUUGGAAACACAUGAAAAACACUAUAAUAACAUGAUGUACAUUCCACCGUUAACAUGUCCCUCGACCUACUUUAUACAAUGAUUCAAGACAAAAGAUAAGGACACACUCCUUCGUAAAAAGCCAACAACUCUGAACAUUCCCUCAAUUUGUCGAACGAACGCCAGCUUCCGAGAUCCCAACACACUUUGAGCUGCGGCUAAUGACAGGCGCCAAGAAGCAGGUCUCGGCAGGAGAAGUGAGCAUCCUUUUAAACUAAUACUUCUAGGAUGACUAUAAAAAUAGAAGGUGUAAACACGCUCCAGGUGACAAGCGCCAUAUAUCUGUGCUGCCAGGAAAUAGGAUUAAAAGGUUCAAAGAGUCUAUUAGCCGGGUCCAACCGGUUGCAGGAGCGGAUAUAAAAACGAGAGCAGAUUUAUUGCAAAUAACUGAAGGAAUUCGUAGAUCUAUUGCAAUAAAGCACAUAGUGUCAAGCAAGUGGCAUAACACACUUUUCCUGGAGCUUUGUUUCUAUAUUUAAACCAGUUAACACCACCGCUGAACCGUAUUAGCCAUUCUAGUCCACCUCCUCUAAUGAUCGCACUGUAAUCACCAGCUUUUAUCUAUCACAAAAAAAAAAUCACUAGGGACCAAAAUGACAAAGGGGGUGGUUAUUUUAGUGGGCUUGUGGCCACAAUGUGUGUCCCUGUAGAGGCUGCAACACCUUUUCAUGCUUCAUGCCAUGGCUAAAACCGAUUGCAACAAUAGUUUCUCUUUACUCAAUUCUAAUUUCUUGCUGCAUUGGUUGAAUAUGGUCAAUCAAUCGCGUCUGUAAUGCAGAAAUGUACUGCAAACUUAAAAGGAAAAGCAAAAGCUGAUACAAAUUUGGACAUGUACACUUUGUAAAACCUUCCUAACAAAUGUCUUCCUCCGUAAUAAACGUUGAUCUGUACUAUUUGUAGCGGAAUAAAUCAAAGCCGUUGCAGUACUGUGCUGUGUGCAUGCACAAAGCAGUCAAAACCGAGCUCCGAUCAAUUCUUCAGGCGGAAAUAAUUGAUGGCUAACCUAAUGUUGUAUGAGCAAUGACAUUCUCUGUGCUUGCCUUAGCCAACAAAGUUCAAACACUCGCGACACACAAGCUUUAAUACCAGAUGCCGCUCUAUACUUCCCUCUUCCAAUGGCAGACUGGUGCCCCUGGUGAGCAAACGACGCCCACGCUAGCCUGGCAUGCAUGCGACUCCUGGGUCUAAACACACUAGGUACUGAUGACGCAUAACCUGCGAUAUAGAGGCACAAUUUGGAAUCAAACCAUUGAGGUGUAUAUGCAUACACAUGUAUUUGCGAUGGUUGAAAACAAUAGUCAAAAUGAUGAAAAUAAAUAUUGAGUUGAAAUAUGUUGAUAAUAAAAACAUACUGUUUUUCUCUUGAUCCGUAGGUGGAUAACGAUGUACUGGUUAUGCUUACUAUGCUUACACAAUUGCUCACUCCUCCAAACAGAGGGCCAAGAUGUAAAGACGGCAAACCCACACCAAGAAAUGUGACGUCACCCAAUUCCCGCAACAUCAUCACCCUUCGAUAAUGAAUUAACUAUAUAAAGCUAACGUUCAGAAGUUGCAAUAGUGUAUGGACAAUAGUUACGUUAACCAGGUCGUCAAAACGAGCUAUUUUUAAAAUUACACUUCAUUGUCAACAUCGCGAAUGUCAAUUCUGAAAGUAGAUUAGCGGUCAAAUAUUUCAUGAAAUUUAAGAAAUUGUUGUGAACUCUGUUAGCUGCUGGUCUGAUAUUGUAGUAUACCAACUGCAGCCGUGUUAGCUAUCUCUAUAAUGAACAAUUCUGAAAUAAAAACAUUUAACACAGGGAAAUAUCUACAUGCAGUAGCAAAGGAUUUAAUAACUCACAAAACAUGUGUCGUAACUGUGAAAAUCCACAUUUCAUAUAAGUACUUACAUUUACCGUAUUUUUCGGAUUAUGAGUUGCUCCGCAGUAUGAGUCGCACCAGCCGAAAAUGCAUAAUAAAGAAGGGAAAAAACGUAUAUAAGUCGCACUGGAGUAUAAGUCGCAUUUUUGGGGGAAAUGUAUUUGAUGAAACCCAACACCAAGAUUAGACAUUUGAAAGGCAAUUUAAAAUAAAUAAAGAAUAGUGAACAACAGGCUGAAUAAGUGUACGUUAUAUGACGCAUAAAUAAUCAACUGAGAAGGUGCCUGGUAUGUUAACGUAAGAUAUUAUGGUAAAAGUCAUUCAAAUAACUAUAACAUAUAGAACAUGCUAGACGUUUACCAAACAAUCUGUUACUCCUAAUCGCUAAAUCCCAUGAAAUCUUCUACGUCUAGUCUCUUACGUGAACGAGCUAAAUAAAAUGAUUUGAUAUUUUACGGUAAUGUGUUAAUAAUUUCACACAUAAGUCGCUCCUGAGUAUAAGUCGCCACCCUGGCCAAACUAUGAAAAAAACUGCGACUUAUAGUCCGAAAAAUACGGUAUACACUUUCUGCUCAGCUCUCUUCACAUAACCCUCGGUUGCUCUUUGUUUGGAGGGCAUGGCAGCUAGUCAGCCAUUCUCUCAACCCAAAGUAGACAGACAAGGGUUAAGGAGAAGAAUUGGGAUUCAGCCUUACUGCCUCACACGGUCCCAAAACUUUGUGUAGCAUCACAGCUACACAAAGUUUACAUACAAAUUCCGUAUAAAUGUUGCAUAUUGUAGCUAACACUGUUUUCAAACUGAAAAUAAAAAUGUACAGUCGUGACUAAACGUAAAAGAGACAACCACGAAAAGCUAAGCCAGCUCAUCUAAUCAAGUCAAUUGUUUAUGGUCGACAGAGGUAAGGAAAAACUCAUGUGGGGAAAAAAAUAUAUAAUUUUAGAUGAACACCAGUUUUGUUGUGCCCAAAGCCAAAAUGUCUUGAGAAUAAAGGCAUAUUUUAAAGAGUCCUAGCUAAUGCGGGUUAUGCAUAUCUGCCAGUCUCCAUCCUCUUCACCCCAAAAUAGUGAUUGUCACAGAAAGGAAGUGAAGUGUAAUUGACUGAAAGUGUAGGGAUAAUUAAAGUAACAUGUUGGACAGGAGGGAAGAUAUUAAUGUCUCCCAAUUUAAUGGUUGCUUAGGGAGAAAGCGCGUUUCCGUCAUCUGACUCCACUUUUGGGGACUGGAAAUAGGUGCUGUUGGAAAAUGUAAAAACGCCACAAAAGUCACUCCAAGUACUCGGGUCUUCAGGCGCCAGGAUGUCACGAUUAGUGGAGAGCUUCAUUCGACAUAUACCGUAGUUUUCGGAGUAUAAGUCGCACCUGCCAAAAAUGCAUAAUAAAGAAGGAAAAACACAUAUAUAGGUCGCACUGGAGUAUAAGUCGCAUUUUUGGGGGAAAUUUAUUUGAUAAGCCUAACACCAAGAAUAGACAUUUGAAAGGCAAUUUAAAAUAAAUAAAGAAUAGUGAACAACAAGGCUUCACGGUGGCAGAGGGGUUAGUGCGUCUGCCUCACAAUACGAAGGUCCUGAGUAGUCAGGAUUCAAUCCCGGGCUCGGGAUCUUUCUGUGUGGAGUUUGCAUGUCCUCCCCGUGAAUGCGUGGGUUCCCUCCGGGUACUCCGGCUUCCUCCCACUUCCAAAGACAUGCACCUGGGGAUAGGUUGAUUGGCAACACUAAAUUGGCCCUAGUGUGUGAAUGUGAGUGUGAAUGUUGUCUGUCUAUCUGUGUUGGCCCUGCGAUGAGGUGGCGACUUGUCCAGGGUGUACACCGCCUUCUGUCCGAUUGUAGCUGAGAUAGGCACCAGCGCCCCCCGCGACCCCAAAGGGAAUAAGCAGUAGAAAGUGGAUGGAUGGAGGGAAAGUGAACAUCAGGCUGAAUAAGUGUACGUUAUAUGAGGCAUAAAUAACCAACUGAGAAGGUGCCUGGUAUGUUAACGUAACAUAUUAUGGUAAGAGUCAUUCAAAUAACUAUAACAUAUAGAACAUGCUAUACGUUUACCAAACAAUCUGUCACUCCUAAUUGCUAAAUCCGAUGAAAUCUAUACGUCUAGUCUCUUACGUGAAUGAGCUAAAUAAUAAUAUUUGAUAUUUUACGGUAAUGUGUUAAUAAUUUCACACAUAAGUCGCUCCUGAGUAUAAGUCCUCCCUCAACCAAACUUUGGAAAAAAGACUGCGACUUAUAGUCCGAAAAAUACGGUAAAUUUUGAAUCCCGUCACUCAGAUGGAGUGGCGAUGAACUGACUAAACGGUGUUUUAAGGCGGUUGAUAAGAUCAUCAACAAAUAACAGGUUACACCAAUGAUGCACACGGGGUCCCUCAGAAGGCAUGUACAAAUACGUCGGACAAGAACCAGUGACCAAUAUUUGUAUUAUUUCUUCAUGUAAAUAACCUAUUCAAUACAAAUUAGAGAGAUUGUACAGUUGUGUGUGCUGAGAAGCCCCAUUUUGUGGUACAAUGAUGUCAUUAUAAAAACCACAGCAGUGUUGGCCAAGA